AUGGCAGAGACGCAUAGCAAGAAGGAGACUAUGCGUUCAGCCAUGUUUGACGGCAAGCCGCUCCAAAUUCAUGUCCGCGAUGUUCCGAAGGCAAAAGUCAUCAGACAAACGGAUGCUGUGGUCCGGGUUACUUCCGCCGCCAUCUGCGGCUCCGACCUACACAACUAUCACGGUGUCUUCGGCAGCGACCGGGUCCCGUAUUCUAUCGGACAUGAGGCCAUGGGCGUCGUGGAGGAUAUCGGCGCAGAUGUUGAUUCCGUGAAGGUUGGGGAUCGGGUCAUCAUCCCUGAUAUUCCCGAUGGCGUCGCGCUGGAUUUAGAACCAACAAUUAACCCUGCAGUUCCAUUGUACGGCGAAGGAUACGAAUUUGGCAAUUUGGGAGGCUGUCAAGCCGAGUUUGUCCGUGUUCCACUCGCGGACAAGUCCCUGAUCGUGCUCGACAAGGACUUCGAUGGGAUCCAGGAUAAGGACCUCGUUGUCCUUUCAGAUAUCUUCCCAACUGCCUGGACGGGUGUCACCUGGUCGGGCUUCGGGGCGGGAGAUAAGAUCGUGAUUUUCGGGGCAGGCCCUGUCGGACUUCUUGCUGCGUACUCGGCGAUUAUCCGUGGUGCCUCUCGCGUGUAUUCGGUUGACUCUGUUGAAGAGCGACUGGAACUCGCAGCUUCGAUUGGGGCCAUUCCGAUCAACUUCACUAAGGGCGAACCGUCAGCGCAGAUUCUGGCCCGGGAACCGGGUGGCGUUCAGCGCGCCGUAGAUUGUGUCGGAGAGGAAUGCGUCAAUGAGAGCCUGAAGCCUGAGCAGUCCUUCGUUAUCACACAGGCAGCGAAGUGUCUCAGCGUGGGUGGUGGGUUGGCAGUUAUUGGAGUGUACUUUGCUGAACCCAAUUCCAAGGGAGUUCAACGAGGAGAUACCAUCUCGCCCGUUAUACCGUUUCCCGUUACGCUGUUUUGGGAAAAGAACAUGACUGUUCGUGGUGGUGUAGUGGACAGCAAGCUAUUCGUUGAGCCAAUGCUGGAACUCGUGAAGAGUGGCAAAGCUAACCCGGGCUUCGUCUUCUCGAGCACUAUCGAUAUCGAAGAGGCACCAGAGGCAUAUCAACGAUUUUCUGAUCAUUUGGAGACGAAAGUUAUGAUAAAAUUUGGUGCAUGA